GCUUGACAACUUGUCUAGAACAAUGUUUCCUAUGUAGAUUGACGGGUGCUGGAAGUGUAGAGCAGAGAAAGUACAUUCGGCGCGUAUCUUUAGCAGAGACGGAGCUGCGACGCGUCCUUUACGCGAUACUGCAUUGAUUAGAAUGGCAACCUGUUUGCUGCGUGACAUACGACACUGACGGAACAGCUUCUGUAUGUUUUGGGUAUGUCUAUGUAGUCCAGACCAGCAGAAAAGGCAGAGUAAUUCCUCUGUAUUGUCAGAGGAUGGCGCUGUAAAUCAGAGAGAAAAGCUGUUAUGGUUGAAGUGUGUUCAGUGUGCAGCUCCGAGGAUUACAGGUGAAGCUUAAAUUGUCAAUCAACUGGGCUACUGCCAACUUCGACUCAAAGUAAGUGUAUACGCCCCAGAGGAAUCUGAUAUGAAGUGUUUUGCUAAGUUAGUGCUGUCUGUCAGGUUGGUUAAUUACCCUCCCAUGUCACGUGGUAUCGUUUCAAAACAAGUCUGCAAAAAGAAGAAGCAACUUUUUUCAGAAACAGUAUUAUUUUGGCUUAAAACGUUGUAUAUGCACUUUUGUUUCCAAAUAUUGGCUUGACAUGAUUUGCUUAUUGUUACAAAUGACCUUUGACUUUUCCAGUUUUAUAGGCCAUGCACCCAGUAGACCUGCCAGCUGUGGAUGCCACAGACUUGACAUCAGCAUCUGAACAGUACCUAGCUUCUCUGGAGUCAGGACUGCAUAAGAAUGAGUGGUUUCAGCCAUCAGAGAAGCUUAAGGUACGGAAACUCUGCAGUAACUAUCUCUAAUGAGAGUAUGGUGGAGACAAUCAUGCACAGGCUUGAUGUAAAAAAUAAAGAGAGACUGUGAUGUGUGCUGGUCUGUUACACCUUUCUUCAUGUGACAUUUUGGUUGAUGUCACAUGAAGAAAGGUGUGUUUUUUUAAAAACUGUGGAUAUUUGUCAUCACACUGACAUGGCCCAGUCAGAAUGUAUUUUACAAGCACACAUUUUCAUCCUGUCUUCUCAGGUAGAGAUAACCGCAAAAAAUGUGAAGUGGUUGAACAUUUUUGAAGAUGACCAACCCAACUGUAGACUGUUGGUACUCCACCCUCCUGAGGAUCCAACGCAAGGUUUGGAAACAUUAAACACAUGAACAUACUGUGUGUCAGACUAAGACUAAUACUCAUUCUUUUACUCUCCAGUGGUGGCUGUAUAUCUACAUGAGAAGUGGUGGCAUGUGGAUGACAUUUUACGCACAUCCAGCGAAUCCAGAAGAGGCUUGAUGUUGGUAAUUAUCUCUCUUUCAGUAUAAACCGAGUAGCAGCCAACAGAACCAUACAUUGGUCUGAACGGUUUAGGAAGGCAUAUGUUUAUACUCGUAAUUAUUCAGCUAAAAAUAACCAGAAAGAGGAAUGAAGAAAAGCACACUUUAAAGCAAACUUUAUUACAGCCCUGUGCAUCUUUUUACAUCUUUUUAGUGUUUUCAUUAAAGCUGGAGAGUGACUUACGGUGGCAUGUUUUCCACAGGUGCAGUCGAUCAUGGAGAGGGUUAUUGUGUUCUUGCUCAGUCAGGUCGUGGAGAGGACCUUGCAGGAGGAGGUGUUGUUCUCCCUGCACCCCUGCACAGAGACUUGCAAACUGCUGUGGAUAGAUGGCAGGGCAGUUGGCUUCUACACCAUCAAACACAAAGGUAGGAUGGAGGAGAGUGAGCCAGAGCAAGGAAAUAAUAGAAAUCAAAAGGUGUAUGAGUCUUUUCUACUUCUCAGAAACAGUCAUUUUGACCUGCAGCAGAGCAUCAAAACAGCAAUGACUCCAGUGGAAAUGACAGCAUGGGCUCACAAUCACAUAAAAAAAGUACUGUCGGGAAACACAGCCAGUUAAAACUGUACCAUGCAAAAAGGAAACUAUGAUCCUGAAAUGCUGGUAACGUCUUUGGGCCCAAGCGCAUGUAAGAUGGACUGAGGGGACAUGGAAAAUGUAUCUGUGGUCUCAUGAAUCAAAAAUUGGCUUUCUUUUUGAUAAGCACAUGUAAACCUACUUGUUACACAACCUCCCAACUUUUUUGGAAUCAGGUUUGUAGUCUGUUCAACCACUAGAUAAAAAAAAAUAAUAAUUUAAAAGGUUCUUUUAGUUGAAUCUAUAAUGUGUCAUUGUGAAAUAUUUCAGCUACUUGCUACAUUGAUCUUCUAAAUGCAGUAUAAAUCAGACUGAGCACCGUAGCAGGGUAAUACAUUAACACAGAAACUCUUCAACUGCUCAUGUUAUAGGAAGUCUGUGUAACAGCUGGAGCAGUCUCUGCUACAUGUUGCCUGUUCUGGACACAGUGCUGGUGAGGAGGAGCUGCAGGAGGAGAGGCUUCGGCCUUCAGAUGCUGGAGAAUUUCUGCUCCUCAUUCUUCUCCGAGAAGUUUUUAGGAAUCAGCUCUCCAUUAUCUCCUAGCAUGGUGGCAGGUUAGCUAAGUUUCUGUUUUAUCCUUCUUUAACCCUAACCCUCCAGAAAAGGAUCACACAUUGGUUCUUCCUUUUUUUUUUUUUACAAGCAAGUUCUGUCCAAUUACGUUCUGCAAGGGAUUAGAUAUUUUCUGCAAUUAGUAGAAGCAUUCAAUAACAUUCCUGCAAUUUGGGAAGAACUUUCAAUACAGGUUGAAAUAAUCAUCCAUCGAUGAUUAUACAUUUUUCUUAGGAAACAGAUCAACAGCCAAAAGUUUCAACAUAGAAAAGUGGUGUGGUCUUGUCCAGCUAAUGGAUUUCAGUUUCCUUUCAUUGACAUUCACAACACCCCCACAGACUUUCUGAGAACUCCAAACUUUCUGAAAACAAUGUCAUUGUUGUUCAGCCUCUCCUAGUUUUUUAAUGAGUCAACUUUGUGGCUAAAGUGGCUUAUACUAAACAGGUUUUAUGUGUCCCCUGUGUGCACGCUGUUUUCAGUUUGUAAGAGGUUCCUGUUGCAGCAUGAGGAAGAUCGGGAGCGUCUGUAUGAGGUGGAGGCCCCAGGGGACUGGAAUCAACGAAGAAACAUCUGGCUCAACAUCCAUCUCGGCCGCUACUCCCUCAGUCAGAGAUAACUAACUUUAAUUGGUUUGCACAUCUAAAAGAGUUUCACAUUUUAAAAUUAUUCUGUUGUGUUUAUACACCCCACAAAGGCGUCCCUUAAUUUCAUUUGAACUCUUGUCCCAUAGGUAAAAAUGAAGAUAGGCAACCAAUUUUGGAACCAGCACAGAGGACUGAAGGAGAUCACCCCAGUCAGAAGGUGACUACCUCUGUCAAUAUAAUCUUUGUAUAAUGUGUUUAUGUUGAAAACAGGCCCAGGUGAGGCUAAUAGGUUAGCUUUGUAAUGUGAUGAAGGGAAAUGAAGGAUUAAUUAUGAGGAGCUCAAUAUGAGGAGUCUCUCUGUGGCCACUUAAAAAGUUGGAUUUAUUUGUCAGUGGUGCCUUUCAUCCGGUUACCAACAGAGUAUGGUGUGCCUGAUGCACAUUCUUAAUAUAUAAUAAAGAUAUUGAUAUAAUAAUUGAGAUUAAUUUCUCUCAGCUUUGUUUCUUACAUAGAGUACAUGUGCAAAAAUGGUAGCUUUAUCUGCGGAAACACCCAUUUUAUUCCUAUACAUCUCACAGUUUUUGUGUUUUGGAUGCAGACCCACAAUUGUGGACCAGACCCGACCUCAACAAGCCUCACAGAUGUGAACGAUCCACUGGUGACAAGCUCUGUGGAACAAAAAACCUCAUUUGAUGCUUGUGAUCAAAGCCAAGAGGGUACCUCCCUGAGCAGCAAGACCUCUGAAACUGAAUGCAACCCUGCAGCCCAAGCAGAUGAUCAGGACUUUGGAACUUCCCCCAGAGGAUCCAAGUCCCUUAACUCAAAACAAACCUUGAUAUCCAAACCCUCCUUAUCCACAAAAUCUCACAGAGAAGAGCCUGAGGUGGAGGAGACACGAAGAGGAGUCAAACGAAUUAGAAUAACAUGAAUUAUAACAUGGAUACUGACACGGGAUUGUGAAACUCUCUGACAGAGCCGUUAAUGCAGAGAAAUGGGGCUACAUCUUUUGAGGCUUUACACUGUAUAUGUGGAAUAAAGGUAAAAGAGUAGUCAUGUUGAGGCUGAUUUAUGGAGCAGUUAGUAUAUCAGGAUAUAAGAAGUUUAAUACAGUUUUUAUAGCAAACAACAUGCACCAUUUUGCUUGUGUUGCCACCUGAUCAUUCAAAUGGAAGUCUACACCAAUGUGAUUUGAAGGCUGAAAUUCAUUACGGCCAUGAUUAAGUCGUGAUUUAGCCUUAAAGAGACGUCUAAAUGAUGUCGGGUGUUUGGUGGGUUGGCAUUUCCAGUAAUGAUAGAGCUAUGGCCAAUUAGCAGUAUGCCAUACAUAUUGGUUUACGUGUUAUAAUGAUCGUCAAGUAGGGGAGAGUAGGCUAAGAUGAGCCAUUUUUCAUAUUUCGGAUCACUACAUCAAGACAAUCAUAGUAACUAGAGUAUCUGCAUAUAUUUCAAGAUGUUGUGUAUCCCUGCAAACCAACAGAAGGAGUGUAAACAUUACUGUCUUGAUAAUAUAGCAUGCCAAAAAAAGUGGUCUCCUAUGGUCAACUUACCCCGUGUAUGGGGUAAGUUGAGCCCGCUUAUUAUUGCAUUUAACUGCUAAAAAGCUGCUUUGUAAAAAGCCAUUUUAACAUGAGAAUGUCUUUAAGUGAUUCAGAACAUUCACAGCUGUAUUUUUGGAAAGCAAAAGUAACACAUUUCAACAAUCUGAACUGAAACUCUGAUCCUCUCAUCAGACUUCUUUACUUCCUCAGUUGAACCACUGGCUCAACUUACCUCAGAACUACUAUUAUGACUUUAUCAGCCCUCUAAGCUAAAAUGGUGGACUUUUAUCUUAGGUUUUUGACCUCAUGUUGUCACUCAUAGAUACCACAAUUGAUGGAUAACACAAAUUUCAAAUUAUCUUUUUUGGUCUGAACACAAUUCUUAUAAAACUUAUGACAGAUUAAAUUCACUUUUUUGUGUAAAUAAAUGUCUAACCUCUUCA